GCGACCCAAGCGACCUGAGACAGGGACACAAGCCAAGAGAUCGAGCCUUACGUUUGCACAAGAGUAUUCCGAGGUAGCUUGAACCCUUUCGAGCGAUUGACGGGCGAACAUGGUUCAGUUAGCGGCAACGGUGGCCUUGUUUUCCGCCACAGCAGCCUCGGCGUUUGUCGUUCAACCUUCCCGCUGCUGGACUGCACCAACCCAGCAGCACAGAGCACCACCGCGGCCGGCAGCGGCAGGGCGGGCGUCGUCGUUGUCGUCUAUCGCGCCUUCGAAGCUCGCCGCCCGUGCUGCUGUCGUAUCCUCCCCGUCGUCGCCGUAUUCCUCCUCUCUGGCCAUGAUGAUGAUGAUGAGCACGGCCGAGGUCGUCGAAGCGUCGGUCGUUGGCGAGGAAUUCGAGGUCAAGACUGACCUCCUCAAGCAGAUCGACCUGUCCUCCUCCAAGCAGAUGAGGACGGAGGUGAACGAGCUGAUGCUCAAGCUCGAGCCGAUGAACCCCACCGACAAGCCGGCUGCGUCUGCCAUCCUCAACGGGGUGUGGGAAUUUCUCUACACGGGGGGGUUGAGCCCCGGGACGCUCGCCGUACAGGUUCUUUCGAGGGUGGCCAAGACCUUCUCAGCGGUGGUGGACCUCAAGGGCAUCACGCUCACCAUCAACAGGGAUCAGCCAAGGGUGGAGGCUGCCGUCAAGGCAUCCGUCUUCGGGACCGAGGCCCAGGUUAAGGUUCGAACAAGGUUGGAGCAGAAGAGCGACAUGCGGCUGCAGGAGGUGUACGAGGAGGCAGAAGUGGCGGGGGUCACCAUCCCCAUCCCUGCCAGGAUACAGCCCCGGAGGACGUUGUACAUCACCUACUUGGAUGACGACAUCAUGAUCGCGAGAGACGACACCGGUGCACCUGACUUGCUGGUCCGCAAGCAGAAGUACGACGUCCGGAUUUCGUGGCGUUGGCCACGAUCCGCAGCUGCUGCCACUCUGGGUGUUCUCAAGGGGGAGGCGGAACAGGACUUCCGGUUCAACACUGGCACUCCUUCGACGUCGGAGGAGGACGAUUCUUCGCCAGGUUCUGGCUAACUAGGCCGGAACGACCCAAGAAGUUUUCCAUCCCCCCCCCAAAAAAAAAAAAUCGUGCCGCACCACCUACGAAAAAGCGUGUAGAUAUAAAUUGUAAGGCACCCCAACGCUUUUCGUGAGCGGAGCAGGAGUGUGUGUGGUGGGUGGGGCAAGAGGCGCGCGUUGGAUUGGUGGCCUCGAGAGAGAGACCGUUCACGUUCAGCGACAGACCUCACGGAGACCACCACCGUUUUGGUUUGUUCUUGCAUGCCAACUAACUAUUCGCAAAUAGCCGCAGCAGAAGUUGUUCGACGGUGAAGGCAUGCGCCGCGCUGGACUCCGAAUCGUGAUGUUCCGGGCGACCAUGACGACAAGGAUUGACGCUCACACGAUGCCUCUUGGUGGCGGGUGGAGCGAUCGUUUUCACUGUUCUUGUGUUUUUUUUUCUUGGGCGAUAUUUGUGUUUUUGUGUCGGGUCACGCUUGUCUCUGUAAGAGAAGGAAGAGAACGAGAGACCGAUAUGGAGAAAGGACAACGUGCUACCAUACACCCACGUGUCCGUAUGUACAGCAGUAUGUAUGGCACUUAAACUCCCGCAUUGGGGG